UCUGUGGUUACCAUAGAGACAUGUAACCAUAGAGACGGAGAAAAAUAGAUAGGUGUCUACAUGCCAUUUCCCAUGUAUAAAUUGUCCUUAUUUAUCGCCCAAAAAUUAUCAGCGACCCUAGCCUAAUUCAUGGGAGCAAUGAAAACUGCACUAGAUGUAACCCUUUCUAUCUGCAAAAAUAUGAGACCAGUUGUUGCGACGGCUUGGCAGUAUGCAAAAGUUGAAAUGGUACCUCCAAUGACUUCUCAUAUGUUUCAAGGAUCACUCGGAAAAUCUAUUGAAACUACAGUAGGCGGUGCUACUGAUAAGUUUAUUGGUGGGCUCGAACAAAAAUUAAAAGAUAUAGAAGCUGCACGAAUAAACGCUAUUAAACAAAAAGAAGCUGCAUUGAAAGCCGCUGCAGAAAAAAUUAAAGCUGCAGCAUUAAAGAAAGCUGAGGAAGAAAAACGGCUUGAAGCUGCAAAGGCAAAUGCAGCCGCAAAACAAGCAAAAGAGGCAAAAGAGGCAAAAGAAGCAAAAGGAGCAAAACAAGCUAAAGAGGCACCACAACCUGCUAAGAAAUCCGAUCCACCUAAAAAAGAAACUAAAUCUGAAGUCAAAGCUAAAAAAGGUACUACAAAGUCGCAAAAACGUGUUCCACCGAAGACUAAGAAGAAGGCAAAGAGGACAAGGCGUAAAGUCAAAAGAGGAUCACCCCCUAAAGCUAAAAAAUAACAUUUCAAUUGUAUUAGAUUAAAUUUUGUUAUAAUUACUAAUGGAAAUAGAUCAUAUUAAAUAUA